UCCAAGUUUGUUGUGGAUUGUGAAUUCUUUAAAAAAGAGACAAGAACCAUUCAGCUUCCUGUAACUCAUCUUUUUUCCUUUGGACUCUCUUCAAGGAAAGUGUUAUUAAAUACAAGUGGCCUGUUUUAUAAUAUAGAACUUCUAAACUUUGGACAGAUAUACCAAGCUUUUAAAAUCAACGUAGUGAGCAAGUGCUCAGGAGUAAAAGAAGAAAUAACUAGUAUCUAUAAACUUCAUAUUCCUUGGUCUUAUGAGGAUUCACUAACUAUUGCACAGGUACCAUCUUCCACAGAAAUUUCUCUGAAACUCCAUAUUGCUCAACCAGAAAAUGAGAGCCAGGUAGCAUUAUUAAAAAUGUACACAUCUUCAGACUGUCAGUAUGAAGUCACAGUUAAGACUUCCUUUUCACAAAUUCUUGGACAGGUAGUUAGAUUUCAUGGUGGAGCUCUUCCUGCUUAUGUUACAUCUAGUAUCCUUCUUGCUUAUGGAGGACAGUUAUACUCUCUUUUCUCAACAGGUCAUUGCUUAGAAUAUGCUACUAUGUUGGAUAAACAAGCCAAGCCAUAUAAAGUUGAUCCUUUUGUACUUAUGAUUAAGUUUCUGUUGGGAUAUAAAUGGUUUAAGGAAUUAUGGGAUGUGUUAUUGUUGCCAGAAUUAGAUGCCAUCGUUUUAACUAGUCAGAGUAUGUGUUUCCCCCUUGUAUCCUUGGUUCUCUUUCUGUUUGGAACAUGUACUGCCUACUGGGGUGGUCUACUUUCUUCUACAUCUGUGAGACUCCUUUCUUCAUUGUGGCUAGCUUUGAAAAGGCCCCCUGAACUUCCUAAAGAUAUCAAGAUGAUAUCACUAGACUUGCCCUUUUUGACCAUUGUUUUGAUCAUAGUUAGUUGGACAACUUGUGGAGCAUUUGCCAUACUUCUUACUUAUCUUUAUUAUGUGUUUAAGAUUGUUAAUCUGCAAGCCAGCCUAGCAACUUUUAAAAAUAGCCAGACUGUGAAUCUCAAACACUCUAGAAGAAAUGAAAAAAAAUCAAAUCACCAUAAAGACUCUACAGUACACUAUCUUCAUUUAUCUGCCAAUGAUGCUGAAGAUAGUCUUCGUAUGCACAAUACUGUGAUUAACUUAUUAACAUGGAUUGUAUUACUCAGCAUGCCAUCUUUAAUUUACUGGUUAAAGAAUCUCAGGUAUUACUUUAAACUUAGUCCUGAUCCGUGUAAACCUUUGGCAUUUAUCCUUAUUCCAACUAUGGCAAUUCUUGGAAAUACUCACACCGUUUCAAUAAAAUCCAGUAAAUUGUUGAAGACUACUUCACAAUUUCCACUUCCUCUGGCUGUUGGUGUAAUUGCUUUUGGGUCAGCACACUUAUACAGGGUUCCAUGCUUUGUUUUCAUUCCUCUUUUACUCCAUGCGUUAUGUAACUUUAUGUAAGGCUGGAUUUAAGGAAUGAUAAAAAUAAUUUAUAUCAUUAGAGUCAGUGUUAAGAGGGAAUGCACACAUCCAUGAAUGUGGAUGACAAGAUCCUUUGGAGAAGAUAGGUCUAUUUUUACAAUAUUGAAAAUAGGAAAUUAGUUUUAUAAUGCUUGAGGAAAAUCAUUGAAGCAUGGUUUAGUUUUGUGGUAUGGCAUCUAAGUACUAGUCAUUUUUUGAAAAAUUAGUAAAAGGAUAUGGUGGCCACUGUUUUUGAGGACUUCUCUGCAUAACAGCUAUUCUGGUUGAUUGGCCAUACUGGGGAUCUUCUAAACAUUGAGUAAAUGUAGCAUUGCUUGUAAUCUCAACUCAAGCAUUCUGCUCAUUUCAUCAAACUUUCUUCUGAAAAGUAGAUUGCUUUGUAUUUGCUACAGUAUGCAUAUUGAGAAAUCAGUCUUAAAAGAUUGAUGAAAUUCACAACUGUUUGGUUUCCCAAAAAUGAAAUAACCACAAAAGUCUUUGGUCAGUUUUUGGCAGCCACAGUGAUCAAGGCAUAUCUUUUGUUUUCUUACAUCUAUGAAAAUACAACUUUUAAUUUUAAGGAGACAUGUUUUCUUGGUAACCAAUGCAAGAUUAAUUAACAUAAUUUAAACUCAAAAUUCAAUGAAAUUUUCUUGCUGCUUUUCAAAUGCAGAUCUUAUUUUGUACUCUUGGUAAACAUCAGGAGACUAUUAAAGAAAUCUGUUGUUAAAUUUAAAGAGAAUCCUCCCAAAUAUUUACUUACUAGCAUUGGAGCAGUACAGUUGUCCAGCAUAUGCCAUUUUAUUUAAUUCAUUGACCCCAUGGUUGCCAAAAGUGCCUCAGAUCAUGGUGGAUUGUUAACAUAACUAAAUUCCAGUGGUCAGAAAAAACUCCAGGUUUGCACAAGUUUUGUCUACUGUAGAGAAAAAGCACGAUUAAGUGCUGUACCACAUUUGAUAAAUAAAAUUAUACUAUUAACGGAAUAACCACUACUCCAUUAAUAGCUUAAUGUAUAAACAAUAUACUUAAAUAGAUUGGAGGUUUUAGCCACUCGUUUUAACAGUGGAAUCUUAAUUUGCCAAGAUGAUUACUGUUUCACAGAAAAGAAAGUAAUAUUUCUUUCAUUUCAGACUUAAGCUCACUUUUGACUACAAAAGAGUAGGUAAUAGAGCUAAGUAUUUUGCCUUAAGAUAGAAUAAACUCAGGCUGAGGUGUACUUGGCUCAUGGAGCCUUUCCUUUAGAUGCAUAUGCUCUACAUAACCCAAAACCUUUUUAAGUAAAGCCCUUAACUCCCAGCAGUACCUGUGAACUUGUGUCUUUGUUAGUACCCAGGAAUGUCCUAGAGUACCAGAUUCUUUUUAUCGGCUAUUGCAUCUGGAUUCCAUUACAGUCUCUUAGCUGUUACUGCCUGUGGAGGGUUACCUCACUUCUCUUCUCAGUUAUUCCUCAGGUCCUUGCUGUUUUGGCAUCAUUUGAGGGUUUCAGUGUCGUCUGUGAGGGUUUGUAAAUUUGUUUGAUUCCGUUGUUUCUCCCAGCCUCAUGCCUGUUGUUCAGUAUUUAUAUUUUCACUUACGAACAUCAUUGAAGGGAAGUGAUAAUCUCAUAGUAAGACAUGGCAAAUAUUUCAGGUUCUUGUUGAUUUGAGAGAGGUAGCAAAGGGAUAAAAUGCAAAAUGCUUGUUUGUUCAGUACCUGAAAGGAAAGAUGUCCCAUGGCAUACCACAUGUAUAUUUAAAUAAGGACACAUCUGCCUAUGUUUUUCUGUUCAUAUACCCAUAAGUUUAUGUACAUUGUAUCUUUGUUUUUUUCACUGAUGUAUUUCAAGUUACAGGUUAAUUGUGUCAUUUAUUUCUGAAUAUAAACAUGUUUAUAUACAGAAAGAACUUUAGAAAAUUCAUUAAUUUGGAUCUUCUAUUGACAGCCAUAACCAUGGUGUUUAUAUGAUAUAAAGUCUUCUUGUUCAGUCAGGACCAUUCAUGACUAAAAUAUAACAAGCUUAAAUUUCUCAUUUGUGAGUAGGAGAUUAGCUUUUUAAAGCAGCAGACUAGGCAUAUUAUAUCUCACUAGACAAUUUCCACGUAAGUGUAGUUAUCAAGUCCUAAAGUCUUAUUUAUUCCAACAGAAUAUUUCAUUUUAGGGCUAUAAAAAGGAUUCUAAUUAAACAUUUUAUAAACAACAGAUUGGGUCUUUAGCCAUUAUGGGUACAUAUAUAUACAGAUACACACAUGCAUGCGCGCGCACACACACACACACACACACACACACACACAUUUUGACAGAGUCUUUAUCAAAUCCUGAUGCACUUUAAACCCAAAUAACUACCAGAGAUGAGAAGGUAGGCUCUGUCUGAAGAUUAGGGAAAUUGAUGUUUCUGUCACUUGAGAAAAUGAAGGUCCUUUUGCCUCUCAAUUAUACAUUGCUUCUAUCAUGCUUGCAGCUUAUUUUAUUAGCUAGUAAAACAGCACAGCUUUAUUAGCACUUUUACUAAAAAUGAAGUUGUUUAUUGGCAGUUACAGUGUGUCCAAUUUAGCCAACUUCUCAGCUCUAGUACUAUAACAUUUUUUUUUUAAUUUUUUUUUUUUUAAUGUUUAUUUAUUUUUGAGACAGAGAGAGACAGAGCAUGAACGGGGGAGGGGCAGAGAGAGAGGGAGACACAGAACUGGAAGCAGGCUCCAGGCUCUGAGCCAUCAGCCCAGAGCCUGACGCGGGGCUCAAACUCACGGUCCGUGAGAUCGUGACCUGAGCUGAAGUCGGACGCUCAACCGACUGAGCCACCCAGGCGCCCCUAUAACAUUUUUAUUUAGAAUUUGAGUUUUGAGUAAGUUUUGUGCUUAUAAAAAUUACUCUUGGACCCUAUUAUUGAUAACUGCAUCAAACAUAUAGACCGAACAGUAAAAAUACUGAGUAAUUUCAGUGUUUCUAAAGCCUCAGUUGGAGUUACUACUAUUAUAACUUGGAACUGAUAAUACAAUAGAAAACAUUAACCUCUUUUUUCUGGAUCUUUUGCCAGAAAUUAAACAGGUUCUGCUAACUCUUCUUGGUUGUCACCAGAAUGAAAAUAUUUAGAACAGUGGUCCUCAAAAACCAUGUGUGCCUCGUUCACAUUGAUUUUGAGUCUCUUCAGUAUAUAUAGAUCAUGUAUUGAUUAGUCGUUAAUUUUUUUUCAUAUUUCGGUCAGAUAAAUUCACAUGUAUAUAAUGAAUACCUUUUCUUGAUUGAACUACACUACAAUCUACAUGAUUAUAAAGUAGAGAAAGAUAAAGAGCUAUAUACUAGGCCUAGUAAAUUUGUUUGUUGUUGAUUUUCCUAUCACUCGUACAGAUGGUACACGUUUCCACCACACACACACACACACACACACACACACACACUUAAUAAAGGCAGAUUAUCUAAUUUGUUCAUUCUCUAGUUCUACACUUUUCUUAAUGCUUCAGACUUGUCAUUCAUAACACAGUAUAUUUAUAUCACCUCACUGCUCAUUAGCACCUCUUACACUAGUGGCCAGGGGAAAUAAAAGGAGAUAAAACUGAUUUUCAGUUUAGUUCUAGAAAGCUGUAGGGAAAAUGGGAGGAAUUGAUUCCUGAAUCCCAGGAUGAUUAAUUUGACCUGUAUUUUCAUCUUGGGCAUUAGGUCUGAGUGUAACAGCUUGCUUAUUAGGAGGUUUAGUGCAAAACUUUACAUUGCUGCAUUUGCAAUUUUAGUAACCUAUUAUUAAAAUCAGUUGGGAAAAAAAUUUUUAGUGUGUUGCAACUUUUUAUGAUGAGGCAUCUGUUGAUUAUUUUUCAUCAUUUUUUUUUCAGUGUUACUAUCAUAGGAAACUAGAUACCUUGUGCAGUUUUUCAGGGGGAAGUAUUUGGAGAGCAUGACACACUUCCAGGAAGUAAUAAAAGUAUCUUUGUGUUAUGCAGGGCACCUCGUGGUCUCAGAUAGUGGAGCGUGCAACUCUUGAUCUCAGGGUUGUGAGUUUGAGCCCCACAUUGGGUGUGGAGAUUACUUAAAAAUAAAAUCUUUUAAAAAAAAAAAAGGAUAUCUUUAUAUUACUAAAUUAGACCCUGACAGAAAGCUUCCUUGCCUCCCAACGUAAAUGUAGAAGGUACUUUUAUAAAACAGAUGAUUGGGAGCUGAAAUUUCAUCUCACUCUUGUUGAACAGAGGGGACAACAUUACCAAGUCUGUAAUGGACUUCUUUUUUUACAUAUUACUCAUGCAUUUUUUCACAGUAAGUUUCAACAGCCUGAGGAAAUAGGAAGUCUGGGAGGCUAUUUGUGUCCUUUACGUUUAAUAAUGAUGAUAGGAAAGAAAAGUCAGGCCAGUAAUCCAAAUCUGAAUAUGUGUACUGUAAAUGCUCAAGAAUUCACAAUUUUGUGAUAAAGUUAUAUUAUGAAUAUAGAAGACUGGAUUUUGUAUAUUAAUAACAGUUUUAGAACAGAAUGAAGUUUGGAAAUAGUGAGAAUAGACUAACUUGUUAUAUUAAUAGUAUAAACGUAACAGUAUACCUGAAUCAAUAAUGUCUUUCAAAAGUUAGAUGAUAUUCUAACGUACAUCUUGAUUACAUUGUCUGUAGUUGAAGAUUCUGAGUCAAGUACAGGACUUCCUAAAAGUGUUUGUUUUGGCAUGUUAUGCUGUCAAAAAUGAGUAUGGUUUGAAAUGCCAAGUAACCAAUUUCUGACGAUUUUGUAUAGAACUUGAUAUGUAUCAGUCAGAAUUAUUCUGUAAUGAUUCUGUACCUUGUAACUUUGAACACUUGUAAAAAACAGUUAGUGUAAAUUUGUUUGCAUAUUUGAAUUUAAUCUUAAUUUAGGAAGUCUAAAAAUUAGCCAUUUUUGUAAAGUUCGUGUGCUAUUUUUUAAUGUUAUUUUUGCUUUUAGUAUUUGUAUAGUAGUAAUAUUACUAGCACUAGUAAAAGAUUUAUAGACAAAGCAUAGAACUAUCAACUAUUCAAAAGCCUAAAUUAUAGGCAUAUUUUGUAUUUCAUGUUGUACUUGUUUCAUAUUGGACUUUUUACAUCCCUUUUACAGGAAAAAACACAUUUGAAUUUUUUUGAGCGUAAAACACUACAUUGAAAAAUAUAACUAUAUUCGUAUGGUUAGCAAAACAUGCUUUGCCACCAAAGGCUAAAUGAAACUGUAAAAUACCUCCAGAUAUUUGUGCCAAUGAAUUUUUCUUAACAUAUUGGGGUUAAAGCAGAAAUAUUAUUUUCAGUAUUUUACAUCUAGGACUUAUAUUAAAUAUGUAAAUCUUCAAAACUUAUAUUCCAUACUCUAAUAUUUCUUUGAAAACAUGUAAUGUGCCAUAGUAUAUUCUAUUUUAUCUGAUUUCUGGGAUAAUGUUCUCUGGUUUUAGUGGGUUUAAAAGUUAUUUUACCCAGUAAUGAUCUUUUAUUAAUUAAUUGAAGUAAGCAUUUGAAGUAAUCUUGCUUUAUUUAUCACAGAUUCAUUCUGUGUUGUAAAACUUCAAGUUUUGUUGUACAGAUCAUUUUUUGGUACAGGUGUCUCUUAUUUAUGUAACAGUGUUUACUGUGAAAUUUGUUUUGUCUUCUGUGUAUUUCCAUUCCCUUUUUAAAUCACAUGUUUCAAAGGGGAAAAUUAUCUACUAGAUCCUAACUUAGUCCAAUGAGAUAAACAUUUCAAAACACACAUUUUAACAGAAAAUAUAAACAAUCAAUGGUGUUAAUGCUGAAAUGUUAACAUUGAUGGGUGUUAUAUUCAUGAGAGAAAAGUAGAAAAAUGAUAGACUCAAAAACAUUUUUAUCUGAUUCGAAUUCUUUAAUUUCUUCCCUCUGGAAAUUCUCAAAAGGAAUUUCAUUCCUUCAUAUUAUAGUUUUUCCCAUUGAAUCAUGUAAUUGAUUUAAUCAUUUAUUGUUUCUCUGCCCAGUAAUGCUGAUGCAGUUUGCAAAAGUAGCCUUGGAAGUAAAGAGGCAAGAGAAAACCAAAUAUUAAAAUGUUUGACUGUGGUGACAGUUUAUCCAAUUAUCUGGUAGUGACUGGAUAUUAGUAAAAAGAUGAUGUACAAGACCUAAAAUUUCAGUUAACGUUGUUUUUUGGAAUGAAUUUUUCCUCUGUGUUAAAUAAUUUUAUCCUAAGUAGGAAAUACCUGUAUUUUAAUAUAACUAUGCUGUCUACAGAAUUAAAUAUGUGUUUGUUGGAAUAUUGGUAGAAAUAAACUCUUCCUCCACUAUAGAGGGGGAAAAAACUUUCAAUUUUUAGUGUAGAUAAUUUAUGAAAUUGUAUUGUGUAUUUAUAUUUUUAAAAAUAUAUAAAUGACUUUAAACGUAUUAUUUUGAAGUAGUUGUAUUACAGUUUCUUAAACUUACGUGACUAACUUGCUUACAUACAUGCUUACAUAAAUGUAGCAACGUACCCACGAGAAAAUAGACCAAAACUGGAUGCGUAUUAUCACUGUGACCUUGAACUUUUAGUUGUUUGGGAUAAAACAGACUGUGCCUUAAAAUGAUGAAAGAAUGCCCUGCAGUUUUAUAACUAUAUUUUAUUAUGGGUCAUCUUCUCAACCUGGCACCAAAUUUUUUUCUUUGAAGUUGGUUAAGUAAAAUUGUUAAAGUUGACUAGCAUUUCCUGUUUUGCUCUAGAAACCUUUAAUUUCCAGAGUUCUCAUUUUGAAUUAAAAUUGACUUACAUUUCAUAGGUGUAGAAAGUAAGCUUGGCUAAAGUUUCUGAAAAUAAAUUUAUUUUAGGAAAAUGUGGUGGCACUUCUGUUUUGUAUUUAUUUACACAUGGAAAAAUUAAUCUUCAGGUAUAUUUCUUUGUCUUUUUAAUGAAUAAUCUAUCAAAGACAUGAAGACCUGUACUUAUUUUUCCUCAGAUUAUUGAGGCUCAUACUUGAAUAUUAGAGUUAGUUUACCCAAUAACAAUUUUUUAGUACUUAAACUCAGAUUCAUGUAGUAUAUUUUUAAAUAUUAUUUUCCCCCUUUUCUCUUUUUCUUUUUCCUUCCUAAUAAUUAUUUUUAAGAUCUCAAGAAGGAACUGGCUCUAGUUGUUUUUGUUUUUAUUUUUUAAUGUAAAAACUUGGAUUUUUACUGUGCUUAUUUAAAAUAAUUGAAAAUAAUUUCUAUUAAGACAAAUUAUUCCAUUCAGAGGAUAUCAUGGUCUCUGCUAAAAGAUACCCCCAUCUCUGUGUACUCAGAAUUUGUUGUGUAUUUUUCAGUUUCAAUUUUGAAUGUAAACUCAACACAUUUCUUCUUCCCAUUUCGCCUUCACUACCUGCACCCAGAGACAAAAAUCUAGGAUUCUCUAAAAAUAGGUAGAAAGAAAACAUGUCUUUCCUUAGAACAUGGUAAAAUUGAGGUGAAAGUAGUUUGCCAAGGAAAUGUAAUAAAAUACAUGGCUGUCAACCUGCAUCUGUGUUUAUAGUAUAGUUAAAAAUUUAUAAAGGACAAACUAUGUAUUAUACUGAGAUAGACUCAGUAAUAUUUUAUUUGCAAAUUGAUACUUUUGUCCAGAAAAUCCAGUGUAUAGUAACAAUACUUAGUGCAAAGGAAUUUGUCCUAUGGCAUAUACUGGAAAAUGAUUGUUACCUUGCAGAUUUUUCCUUUUAAGCAUGCCUGAUCUUCUCCAGUGCUUUGUAUAAUAUAUGGUAUAUGAAAUACACAAAUGUGAUUUUGUGUGUAUUUUUUAAAUGAUAAUAAGUAACAUUAUUACAUUUAACUGGUUGUAAUUCACAAAAAGUGCUAUUUAUUAUACUCUGUAGAGUGUUGUGUAUGUUUUCAUGUGUGUUUUGGCAUUAUGGUGUGGAGUUUAAUGAAUAUUUGCCUUCAGUCUUUCCUCAGGUAUUAAUGUGUAGCAAUUUUUGGUGCUUUCUUUUUAAAUCUGUCAUAAUCUGGUGUUCUGAAUGUUCAACAAUAAAUUUGGUGAACAAGGGCAUGUGGUGCAGAGAUUGUUUGCCAGUUCACAUACUCCACAAUACCAUCUCAGGAGAAAAUCCUUCAAGAUUACUUCUUUACAGCACAUCUGGAUUUCAGAAAUUUGAAGGCCUAUGCAUGGCACAUAAUGACACAUUACAGGUAAAUAUUGGAAGCCAGAUAAAUUCUAAGAUUUCCCACGUUGGUAUUUUGUAGCAUUUGUAUGGACAUCUCAUGGUUCAUGUUCCAUUUUUAAGGAAUUGAACAGUUACAAUCUCUCCCAAAUACAGGUUUCUCACAAAGCUCAUGCUUUCAGCUUUUCUUAUGCUAACUUGAUAUAUGUUCUUAAGUGACCAUUUUCUCAAAUUACAUGAAAAUGAGAAUAAUCUAAACAGUUUGUAAACAGAUUCCCAGGUCACCCUAACACUACUAAAUUUGAUCUGUAGGGAAGAAACCUGGGGUUCUGUUUUGUGUCCCAAAUAGUAAUUCUUGAACUUUGCUCUAGUCAAUAAAAUUAACUUGCUAGGGCUCCUAGAAGCAUCUAGAAAGACUGUCCUUAGCAUUAUAAGAUGCCAAAAGAGACACUACAUAAUUUGAGAGUUUAGUAUAGAUUUAAACUUCACUAAGAAUGGAUGAGAGGAGUUAAAAAUGAGGCAGGACAUCUUUUGAGGGACAAGUGGUACACUCUCCCUCUGAUGAGAAGAGUGUUUUCUCAACUCUUAUAAUCAGCAUCUCUGCAUAUAUCAACAUUUACAAAUCAUCUGCACGUAUUAACGUUGUAUAUGUUAUUACUAAAUAAACCCUGAAAAGUAAAUUUUUAAAAAUGAGAAAUAUACAGCUAGAAGUUUUAAUAGUUUCCCUUGGGCCUUUAAAGGAUUAUCUUUAAACCACCAAAUGUAGAGGCCACUGGAGUAUACAAAAUGAAAGCUUCAUAAAUCAUUCCCACUAGUUUUUCUCCCUUUUUUGAAUAACCACUUCAUCUUCACUCCCUUUCACUGCUGCAUAGCAGUGAAAAAUUUAAUGGCUUUCAACAACACCUGUUUGCACACAAUUAUCUAGGUCAGAAGUCUGAGUACAGACUACCUGGGUUUUCUGCUCAGAAUCAAACUUCUGAAACCAUGGUAUCAGCUGGGACUAUCCAAGUUAUCCUAUCUGGUAUAUUCAGGUUGUUAGGGCUAAGGUUCCUCUUUUUUUGCUGGCUGUUGACAGAGUGCUGUUUUCUGAGCUCCCCAGUCUGCCUGCUACGUGGCCCUUCACAAAAUGGCAAUUUGCACCUUCAAGAUGAGUAGAAUUACUUUAACAUUUUGAGUGUCUUCAACUUUCUCUCUGACCUUUAGACCCAGAUGGAGAGGGCUCAUGUGAGUAGCUCAGAUCCAUUGCGGUAAUUUCCCUUUUGAUUCACUAGAGGCCAACCUUACAUCUGUAGAAUCCCAUUUGCCACAUAAGAUAACAUACUCCUAUUCCCAUCAUACUCAACAAGUUCCAUCCACACUCAAGGGGCAUGGAUGAUAGAAGACGGGUGCACUAAUAGAUGAGAAUCUUGGGGCCAUUUUAGAAGUCUGCCUAGCAUGCAUAUCAAGGAACAAAAGUCUUUUUCAUAAUUGCUAUACUUAAGUAAUAUUUGAUUCCAUAGUUCUUUUUUUUAUUUAAAAAGAAAAGUUCAGGGGCACCUGGGUGGCUCAGUCGGUUAAGUGUCUGAGUUUGGGUCAGGUCAUGAUCUCGUGAUUCAUGGAUUCGAGCCCUGCGUCUGGCUCUGCUGACAGCUCAGAGCCUGAAGCCUGCUUCAGAUUCUAUCUCCUUCUCUCUCUGCUCCUCCCUUGCUCAUGCUCUGUCUCUCAACAAUAAAUAAAUGUAAAUAAAUAAGUUCAAUGUUCAUUUUUGAGAGACAGUGUAUGAGCAGGGGAGGGGCAGAGAAGAGAGGGAGACACAGAAUCCAAAAAAGGCUCCAGGCUCCAAGCUGUCUGCACAGAGCCUGAGGCAGGGCUCGAACUCAUGAACCAGGAGACCAUGACCUGAGCCGAAGUCAGACAUUCAACAGACUGAGCCACCCAGAUGCCCCAUAGUUCUUUUUGUUUGUUUAUUCAUUCUUGAGAGAGUGCGUGGGGGAGGGGCAGAGAGAGGGAGACAGAAUCCAAAGCAGGCUCCAGGCUCUCUCUCCUCUUUCAGCCCCUCCUGUGCUCACAUGCUCACUCUCUUUCUCUCUCUCUUUCAAAAUAAAUAAACAAACAUACGUUUGAAAAGAAAGAAACUUGGUUUACGCCUUUUAGAAAAAAAACUAUACAAUCUAAUUGAAUUUUAAAAUAGGAAUGUGUAGCAUUCACUGCAUUUAAAAAUAUUUGUUGUAACUGGGGCACCUGAGUGGCUCAGCUGGUUGGGCAUUGGACUCUUGAUUUUGGCUCAGGUCGUGAUCUCACAGUUGGUGAGAUUGAGACCCACAUUGGGCUGUGCAGAGCCUGCUCAGAAUUCUCUCUCCCCCUCUCUUUGCCCCUCCCUCCUGCACACAUGCUCGCUCUCAAAAUAAAUAAACACUUAAAAAAAAUCUUUGUUCUAACAAAUAUUUAAGUGGAAUUAAUAAAAAAAAUUAGUUAUAAAUCACAGAUCCACAGAGUACUGUAAAAGGAAAUGUGGUUGUUUUAGACAAUGAUCUCCAAACUUUGAUUAAACACUGAUAUUAAAAAUUUUUGAACUUCCCCCGCCAAAAUACUACUAUACUAAUAUGUAAAUAGAAAAUUUAGAAUGACAUUUUUUAAUGUAUUGCUACUUAAAGAUUUAUAAUAUCAAUAGCUAAUAUCUCAAGGUAGAAAAUAUAUUCAUGGCAACAGUCAAUAUAAGUUGAUUUUUUCAAACCUUGAUUAAAGUAAUUUUUUAAUUUUUUAAUUUAUUUUUGAGAGAGAGAGACAGAGGGCGAGCAGGAGGAGGGGCAGAGAGAGAAGGAGACAGAAUCCGAAGCAGGCUCUAAGCCCCACACUUCAACAAAGAGCCCGAUGCAGGGAUCGAACCCAUGAACUACAAGACCAUGACCUGAGUCUAAGCUGGACGUUUAACCAGCUGAGCCACCCAAGUGC